AUGACGGUUGUGAUGUUUCCAAGAAAUCCUUGGAAGACCAUCUACUUUCCAAGAGCAGUACUUGCACUGGGAGAUUUAGCAGCUAGAGGGAAAUCUUCUAAAUCGAGGAUGUCGUUGCUCAAUGCGCUUCUAGCCGUUGUGUGUUUCAAUUUACAGUCGAAGUAUGAAAAGGGAUCCACAGAGAUGAAGUUCUUCCUCGAUUUGGGAAUUCAAUUUAGAACUCAAGCAACUGCGUUCCUGAAGAAAAUGCUCCAAAGUGGAAUCAAUGCCUCCAAGAUGCAAGAUGAAAGGUAUAAAGAUGUGAUCGUUGCUAUGCUUUCUAUGAAUACGAUCGAUGUUGUUUGGGGAACAAUGGCAGACUGUCAAUAUCAUUUGUCGUUGUGUGGCGAGUUCAUUGCUCAGAGGAUGGCUAUCAGACCUCAGUUGAGUAACAAGGCAAAGUCACUGCAUAGAAUAUACUCAUUUUUACGGCUGAUUCAGGAUUCAACCAGUUUUCAAAACUUGGAAAACAUCAAUGAAGAACAAAAGAACAAAUAUCUGGAUAUGCUGGAACAUUCCAAUGCCAAUAGAACGUGCAAAGGUGAAUUUCAGGAGGUGAUUUACCCAGAUGAUGGGACAAUAGGGAUCGUCUUCGUAAAAUCUGAUACUGCUGUGACGAGGUACGAACCAAACUUUAUUAAUUGCAACAGAUCAACCACUGAAAAGGGUACAAAGCUUUUACUCACAGAGGCUAUGUAUGGCAUUACAAAUUCACUGAUUCUGUUCUUCAGUGAGGCUGUCAAACUACUGAAGCUGAAGCUCUACCUUGAGAAGAAUGGUGAUCCCAAAGACAACCUAAGAUUCAAAAAUGUCUGUACCACCUUUGAGAAGAGACUAAUAGAAUGGCAACCCGAAUGGAUCCUAAAGGACGAUGAGGGUAAUUUCUUUACGGAUUUCCAUGAAGGUUUACACCAUCAAAUCCACUCUAUGCACAAUGCUCUAAUUGUGUACUAUUUCACUCUCAUACGUGAACUUGGCGAUAUAUUCCUUCAAAAGCACUGCACAGAUUGCAUCUCACACCUGGAGAGUCUACUGGAACUCAGCAAAGAUAAAAAUGUGAAGAUACAUUCAAUGUUCUUCCAAGGCUUCAUCGCAGGGUGUUCAGCGACAGAUGCAAGACUCCAGUCGCGUUUCAGAGAGUGGGCAGUGAAGUUUGUGAAGCUAAGUGGAAUCGGGUCCUAUUGGGGUACUAGACAAAUCAUGUUCGAAGUAUGGAGACGGAGAAAGAACGCAGAGCCAAAUGAUAACUGGCUGAGCGUUCACAGAGAUUGGGAGAUGAACGUGAUGCUUUCAUGA